AUGUUAAAUAGUUUGCAUCAGGCAACUGCAUCACCAUCAAUAGCACGACAUGAAAAUGAUUCUAAAAUUAAUUCAUCGCAUCACUCUCAUCAUCAUCCACGUAAUCGUCAACAACGUACAUCAAAUUCACUAAAUCAAGAUCAUAAUUUAAGGCUAAAUGAAACACACAAUAAUCAAUCAUCAAAAGAGAAAAUAAUGGAAAGUGCAUCGGAACAUUCAGUAAUUUAUCGGUAUUAUCAAGGAAAUUCGGACAAUAUUGUCAGUGAACAUUUCGAAAAAGCGUUAAAAACGCCAUCAUCCCAAACAUUCUAUAGUAGUUUAUUUCAUCCAACAAAUUCAUGUUCGAGAACAAAUAAUCGGUCGUAUCAUGCUCCGUUAUCAUCAAGUUCUUUUUGGCCAAGUUAUGUUUAUCAUCCAAAUUAUUCAAGUACAAUUAGUGAUCCAUAUUUAAAUGAUCAAUGGAUGCAUUCUUAUUCAUUAACAGCGGCUGCAUUCGCUAAUCCAUUCUCACAUAGAACAACUGCUCAGACACCUUUGUCUUACACGUCGAAUUCAUCUCUAUCGUCUACUGUAAAUGGAAAUGAUCAACGAUUUUAUUCACCAUUGCAUUCAAAUACCGGCACCAGCAGUAGUACAGGUACAGGACAUCAUUAUUACUCGUCAUCUUCUUCACACGGAAAUCGAUCAUUUAACCACCAUCAUCACCACCAUCAUUCGAUGAUUCAGCCAUCUGAUGUUGCGGCAGCCUCGAAUGCAGUAGCAGCAGCUGCAGCCGCAGCGGCAGCUGCUGCUGCUGCCUCUGUUAAUUUGCAAGUUAAAAAUCAUUUUGAUUCAGCUAAACCGACACCGUCACAUCAUACAUAUUCACCGUCAUCAUCGGGUACAGCGGGAACAAAUAUGAAUCAGUUUUCGUCUCCACUCGAUUAUGGAACAAGUCCAACGGCAGCAUUCAAUAGUCAACCAUCCUAUCAAGGUUUUGAUUUAAUGUCAAGUGACGCCAUAAAAGAUUCGUCCACUAUCUGGUGUUCAAGUCAUCUUAUUAAUAAAACAUGGAAUGAUAAUUUUUGUUCGUAG